AUGGCUUUCCACCAGGAUGACGUCCCCAGUGGGCAUAUUGCGGCGAACAUCGCCCAGGAAGCGGAAACUGCAAGUGGUGGUUCGCAGAUAAGGGGCAUUCUAUGGCGGACUGAACGUGUUCCUCCAGAUCUUGUGCCAUUUGUCCGCGAACAAUCUCCGUUCUACAAGGCCUUCCUAUCUCAUCUACCACAUGAUGUCCCCUUCUCCAGUCUUCCCUUGACUGAUGCUGAAGCAUACUGGGCUGCAGGAAAGGCCUCUGCUGACAAUAUCCUGACGAAGCCCUUCCGAGAUGGUGUAGUAAUGAGAUCUGGCGGUUCCACUGGUGCUCCAAAAUUCGUUUAUUACACCCGUGAUAAGCUUCAGCGCAUUUGCAGUAUUAAAGCGACUGUCGCUUCCGUGUCUAGCGGGAUCCUCCCCGGUGACCGAAUUGCCAAUCUUAGCCCCAUGGGCGGCAUGUACGGGAGCUUCAUGUUCAACAACACUGCGAUCAUGGAGCUGCCAAUCGACAACGUCCAGCUCCCCAUUGGCGGGCAGCAACCAGAGGACGUGAUGGCAGAUACAAUGGACAAAUUUGAGGCAACUGUAAUCCUCACUACCAUCUACUCUGCGAGUAAGCUAGCAGGAUGGCUGCUUGAGCAACAGCGCACCUUGAAGACCGUCCGUCUUAUUUUAUUCACCGGCGAGUAA